CUACCUCCGCCAAUUCAAGCUCUACCUCUAACUUCUCUUCUCUUCUCUUCUCUUCUUCUUUCUUCUUUUCUUUCUGGUGUAUAUACUUCUAGCUAGCUAGCUAGCUAGCUAUCUGUAUUCACAAGCCACACCUCCAUUUUCAAAACACACCAAAAUGGAUAAAUAUUCCAAGAUCAACAUCAUGAGGCACUCCCAAAACUCAAGAUCCAUAGACUUUUCAGAUCUUGUAUCAUUUUCCCCAACUCAAAAAUCCAACACCACCACAAACCCCACCAAGAAAACCAAAGAAAACAAUCUCCAGAUCAAGAAAAACAGCACAACCCAAGAUCAGAAAGGAGAUGAAGAUGAUGAACAACAAGGCAAUAGUGUUGGAGAGAGCUUUGGUAGUGUGGUGGCAUUGAAAAGGAACAACUCCAUCUCCUCUUCUUCUUCUUCAGCUGCUUCUGGAUUUCAGUCUGCAUUCAAAGGAGCAUUCUCAAUGAGAAGAUCUUCUUCAGUGUCAGAGAGGUAUUGCAGGAUCCAUGACCAAUCUACAACAACAUUAACAUCAUCACCCAUUGAUGAUGAUGAAGAUCAAGCUGCUGCUUGGGGGACAACAAGAUCUAUGAAGAAAAAGCACAAAGGAGGCAAGAUCCUUAAAGCCUGUAAGCGCUUUUUUGGACUGUAGCUUAUAUUAGCUUGUAGCUCACUUUCAGUCACAUAAAUUAUCAGUAACAGACAGAUACACCCACCAGUGCACUGCGUUCUGUAUCUUAUUUUUUGGUUGAGACUACUUGAGAUGAGAUAGAUCCUCUUAUUAUUUAAUUGUUUGAAGAGGAAGAGUGAAUUUUGGAUGCUGCCAUUGUUGGGCAAUCAGAGCUUUAUAUAUUAUUAUAUAUAACCAGUCUACUUUCAAAUUUUCAAUUCACUUUUGGAUAUAAUUCAACCCAAUUAUUACCUAA